UAUGAAAGGUCCCCACCAGUAGUCAGUCCCUCUUCCUCAUCUAACUUUUUUCAUCACUGUUUUUAAAUCUCAUCUUCAAAUUUUAACUCUCUGACUAUCCAUUUAAUGCCACCACAUGCAAGUACUUACAUUCACAACCCACAUUUCUCUUCAAGCCAUUGUUUGCAAAAAUAAAUAAAUAAAUCAAAUGAAGCUUCUCCCUUUUCCCUUCAAGAACACUACUGAAACCACCCCCUCAUGGCCAUGGCGGCCAUCCUGUGGAAACCCUAAAACCCUGUCCUUCCGAGCCGGCGACAACAUGUACAAGACCAUAAACUCAGCCUACGUGGAUGAUUCGACCGGAUUGGUUGACUCACCUGAGUCAUCAUCAUUCACCAACGUCUUCGAGUCAACCACGGUAGAGCACUCUCAGUCCCAGAUUGAGACGGUGAUUCGCGGGUUACGGUCAGAGAGGCUGUUCUUUGAAGCAGGAGCAGGAGAGAGUAGUUCGAUAAUGGAGGAGGCAAAAACAGAUGGGACGUCGUCGUUUGUGUUGAAAGAGAGUGUGGUUAUGGAAAUGGAGUCUCAUGACCCUUACUUGGACUUCAAGAAAUCAAUGGAGGAGAUGGUGGAGGCUCAUGGGUUGAAUAAUUGGGAUCGUCUGGAAGAGCUUUUGAGUUGGUAUUUGAGGGUGAAUGGGAAGAGCAAUCAUGGGUACAUAGUUCAAGCAUUUGUUGAUUUGUUGAUUAAUCGUUCUACUACUCUUGCUACUUUUGCUUCUCCCAAUUCUUCUACUCUUUCUGAUGAUGAUGAUCAUCAUUCUUUUUCUGCUGCUACUACUGUUACUCAAUCUCUUACUCUUUUGUCGUUUUCUUCUUCUUCUUCUUCUCCUUCUACUACUCCUUGUUUAUCUUCAUUAGAAGCUGAAGAUGACAUACAGAAAACACCUCUUCAUAACGUUUCAUCAUCUUCCUCUUCUUUGGAUGUUUGAUUAAUUAUGUGAAAUUUUGUAAUUAAACUACCAGUUUUAUUUUUUUUAAAUUCUUUCUACUUCAUUAGAUUAAGAGAUUGGAUAUAUUGUACGUUGACUAGCAUAUAUAUAGAAAUACAAUUAAUUAA